CGAUUGUUUAGGCGCCGAUUAACCAAAAGCGCGCACGCCUCGGUAUAUAACGGCGCGGCGACGACGAUGCUACAAGCACUCGCUCGCUCCGCGCCACACACGGAGGAUCCACCAUGAGGAUCCUUUUGAUUUCCUCUUUCCUGCUGGCGGCAGAAAUUAGCUACGCUUAUGGGAAUCCCAUGAGUGGCAUCAGGGGACCUCCUGGAGUAGAAUUCGUUGGUCCAUAUGAAGGUGACAAAGGAGAACGUUUUGGAGGCGGCUUCGGAGGGCCUUCCGGCGGUCCUAAUGAAGGGGGAAUGGAAGGGCCCUUUACAGGAGAACUUGGAUAUGGUUUUGGUCCCGGGACUUUAGGCUCCGGCUCUUUUUUGUCUGGGUCUUUUGAACCUGAGACUCUUGAUCCCAAGCCGUUUGGUUAUGGGUCUCUUGGUUCCGAACAUCUUGGUUCCGGGCCUCUUCGUACCGAGCCUUUAGGACCCGGACUCCGUGGGCUGAAAUCUUUUGUUCCUGAGUCUUUUGGAUCCGGUCUUUUUGGUUCCGUGCCUUUUGGUUCUGGAUAUUUUGAGCCGAGCCCUUCUGAAAAAGUGCCUCUUGGUGCCGAAACUUAUGGUUCAGGGACUUUUGAUCCCGAAACCUUUGGUCCUGCUAUGGGAAAUGAUCUACUAGGACCUGAACUCGGGGCUGGUAUUGGGUACGGAGCUGGGAAAGCACCAAUAGUACCAUUUAACGUUGCGGAGCCUACUGUGGUAAGAGUCUCUCGACCUUUUUCUGUCCCCGAUAACACGCCAGUGCUAGUACCAGUGCCAAAAACAUUUCAUUAUAUGUUUCCCCGAUUCUGCCCUGUGACCAAGAAUACGCCUGUACACAUGAAUGUGCCGAGAGUGCGUGUAAAAACAGUGCCAUGCCCCUACCCAAUCACUGUCCCGAGACCAGUCCCGGUCUGUGAGGUAAAAAAAAUACUAGUUCGCGUGCCUUAUCCCGUGGCCCAGGUUGUUAAACGCCCAGUGCAGAUUCCUGUACCACGUGCAAAGUAUGUGUGUGUGAAGAAACCUUACACGGUUGCUGUCAACAAGUUCCAUUUAUGCCCCAAGCCACAGCCGUACCCUAUUAAAGUCUCUAGCAAAUCAUGCUGCUAAACGUUUUAUUAAUGCAUUGAAAAUAUGAAGCCGAACGCUUUAAUAUGUUAGGUAAUACACAUACAUUAGAUUUAUUUAAUUUAUUGUUUAUUCUGUAAAUAUAUUUUAACCUCUCACCACUUUUAGCAUUCAGCAAAUUGUUUUGACAAAAUUAUAUUAUUUUAUUUUUAUCAUGGGAGUAUGCUUGAAUGUAAUUAUUAAAUGUUUUCCGGACACAAUUUUGUGAGUUUUGUGUCAUUAAGGAAUGUCUCAAGUGACUUGUAUUUGCCAGUGACAUGUUAUUCUCUUUUGUAUUCUUUUAUCAAGCCACCAAACACUAAUAGUGAAUUUUCGCUUUUUGUUUUCCUAUUAAGAGUGUGAAUGUUCUGAAUAUAUAUUUGUUACGAAUAUGUGUAUACAAUUCAAGAUAAUUAUAUUUUUUAUUUUUGCUAAAGAAUGUGAAAUAAAUUAUUGGGUGUUUUA